GCUCAUCGUGGAUAUGAUCCUGGAUAUCUGCAGUUCCACUGUGUACCAAACGCAACGGAGACUGGUCGUUAUCUGUUGCCACUCCUUCUAUCAGAUACGUAGAGUUUGCAAACACGCCCCAACCAUUCCAUCAUGUCACUACUGCAAGAUGAUUACCUCGCGCAAAUUCUUGGAUCCCCUAUAACGGAAAACCGAUGCCAUCUACUCCCGCAGCGACAUGGUCUACUUUCGCGAAGGUAUCGUAUGCAAGCAGGAGGCCGCCGGUGACAGGAACGUUCGCUGUCGAGAGGCUCGAGGUAGCAGCCCGUAAGAAGCUCGAGCAAUCGCCAGAUGCGUACAUGUACAUCUUCGGCAGCGCAGGAACAGGGUCUACCACGGAAUCCAACAGGGAAGCAUUCAAGAGGUGGAAGAUCAUGCCGCGUUUGCUACGGGAUGUAUCCAGGCGGAACAUUGAGGUGUCAUUGUUCGGCAACACAUAUCCGUCGCCGCUUCUACUAGCUCCAAUUGGAGCCCAGGGCAUCGUUCAUCCAGAUGGGGAACUGGCCACAGCUGCGGCUGCGGGUGCUCUCGGAAUACCCUACAUCAUGAGCACGGGGUCGACGCGUUCUAUUGAAGCCAUCGCGAAGGCUAACGGUACUGGGCCACGAUGGCUCCAGCUCUACUGGGGCAAGAAUGACGACACAGUAAUGUCUCUGCUCUCUCGCGCAAAAGCUUCCGGCUUCACUACCCUAGUAGUAACUGUGGAUACCCCCGCAGUGGGAUGGCGACCGUUUGACCUCGAUACUGCCUAUUUUCCCUUCGCGCACGGCGUCGGAACUCAAGUCGGCCUUACAGACCCUUUCUUCAUGGCAGCUGCCGGAUUGGAGUCGUUUCCGGAGGGCGAACACCCAGACUUUCCAUACAUCGCUGCCCGUCAGGACGAGCUCAUCCGGAACGGCGACAAGAAGGCGACACUGCGGUCAGAGGUCGGUCAAAGGUUCGUCAGCGAGAUGCUGGACCCGACAAAAGUCUGGAGCGACCUUGCAAGACUCAAAGCGCAAUGGGACGGCCCGUUGAUAUUGAAAGGCAUUCUGUCUCCGAAGGAUGCCGAGUUGGCGGUAGAGCACGGCGUGGACGGGAUCAUAGUAUCAAACCAUGGCGGUCGACAAAUCGACGGUUCUGUCUCCUCCUUGGAUGCGUUGCAUAGGAUCAUGGGGAGCAGCGCCGUCAAGGAAGCUCAAGCCCGUGGGACGUUCACAGUCUUAUUGGACUCUGGUAUCCGGACAGGAAGCGAUGUUUUCAAAGCGCUUGCAUUGGGCGCACAAGGCGUCUGUUACGGCCGUCCCUACAUGUAUGCGCUCGCGUUAGCCGGCAGAGAGGGAGUCGACAGCCAGCUGAGAGCGAUCUUGGCUGACUUUGAGAUCACGCUCGGGUUGGCGGGGAUCAGGAGCAUUGAAGAAUUGCGUAUGAAUGCUCAUGACCUGUUAGUUAGGGACUGACAUAAUACUUACCGUUGUUCUUCGCGUCCAUCCUCCACUUACUCAACAAUCGCUCAUCCAUUCUACCUUGAGCGCUAGCUGGUGGUGCCACGCGUCUGCCAACUGUGACAAAAAUUUGGAUAGAUUUGACGAGCAUGACGGAACACCGCUACUCAACCUGAGACAGAAGACAAAUAGAUCUCGUUCGACCCGCUGGUAGCGCUAGGUACGACAUCCUCGACGCACCCAUGGCUGUUGAGGCGUUACGAUGAGUCGGUAUGAUCCACCAAAGCGCAUACGAUAUCUUCGCAGUUGCAACUACGGAUUAGAUAGUAGCAAGCGACUUCUAGGAGGAGGGGAGGAGCCACGCUCAGGC